UGCAAAUGUUUUCCAAUUUUAAUAACUUCCAGUUCAGAACUGUAACUUCAACGAAGACAUCCUAUCAUGUCGUGUGUGUUGAUGUUAAUUGUAAAUGGGCCCUUCGUGCUGUACGUGUAUAUGGUGCAAGUUUAUUCCAAAUUAGAAGGCAAUCAUAGACAUGCAACAUCUACCCUUCUAGCAGGCUUGGUUGCACAUCGUUAUGCAGAUGCUUCGACAAAGUUGUACCAACCUAUUGACCUUAUGGACGACAUGAGGAGGGAAUAUGGGAUAACUAUGUCUUAUAAGAAGGCUUUGGUAGUUAAAAGAAAAGCGAUGAGCAAACUCUAUGGUUCAGAUGAUGAAUCGUACCACUUGUUGCCUGCGAUGUUCUAUAUGCUUGAGAAAAAUAACCCGGGUGACAUGUGCAUCAUCUCAGACCGUCAUGAUGGUAUCUUGUUUGCAGUAGAUAAGGUGUUUCCUUCCAUUCCUCAUUGCUAUUUUACUGAACAUAUAUUGCGCAAUCUGAAAGGGAAAUUUAAGGGCAAAUCAAAAUCAAUUGAGUGGAAGUUCAGAGCUGCUUCUCGGGCUGCUACUGUUGAAGAGUGUGAGGAGUAUCUUUUAAUGUUGGAUGAGGAUGAUCCACAUAUACGGGUAUACCUUGAUAAGAUUGGAGUUGCAAAGCGGUCUCGAUCAAAAUUGGUUGAAUUUCUUUGUGGUAGGGUGCAACGAUGGUUCCAUGAAAGGGCUGAGAUUGCUAGUUCCACACGUACUCUUCUUCCAAUGAAGCGCGAGAAUGAACUGAUUCAAUUGCAACGUGAUGCAUUUCGGAUGAAGGUCAAUGCCUCCUGUUCAUAUGAGUUUGAGGUUACUGAUAAUGAUUCUCGAUCAUUCAUUGUCAACCUAAAGGAAAAGACUUGCACGUGCUGCGAGUUCCAACUUGAUAAAUUUGUAUGUGUGCAUGCUGUUGAAACGAUUGGUAAACCCCUUGGGUUAUCCUGCUACAAAUUUAUUUCCACCUUUUACGAAUUGGAAGCAUUGGUGUGCACAUAUGCUGGAAUUGUUCAUCCUGUUAGUGAUGUGUCUGGAUGGGUGAUUCCUCAAGAGAUUCUAUCAAGGAAAUGUGAUCCUCCAUCCUGCAACAAGAAAGGUAUUUUCCUUUGGGUUGAAGUCUUGGAGUGCGGUAUCUCCGAGCAAGUGUUGUUGAGGCUCGUGGGGCUCGAGUUCUCAGGUUGUAACGGUUUGUUAAGCACCCGAAUUGGAGAAGGUCAAUCAACCUCUAGGCCACCGCUUUUUGAUGGCACCAACUACACAUAUUGGAAAGAGCGGAUGAGAAUUUAUAUCCGCUCAACCAACUUCCAGUUGUGGUUGGUCAUCAAAAACGGCGAAGAAACGCCAAUGAAGAAGGUCGAUGAAAAACUCGUCCCAAAGACCGAAGACGAAUUUGAUGCCGAAGACAUCAAAAAAGUGGAGAGCUACGCUAAGGCAAUCAACAUGUUGUACUGUGCGGUCAAUCCUGAUGAUUAUCGCAAGAUCUCUUGCUGCACCACGGCAAAAGAAAUGUGGGACAAGCUGGAAGUCACAUAUGAAGGUACGGACCAAGUUCGGGAAGCCAAAAUUGACUUCCUAACGCAGGAGUACGAGAUGUUCAGGAUGAAGGAGCACGAGAAGAUUGACGAUAUGUUCGACCGUUUCUCCAAGAUAGUCAACGAUCUUCAUGCAUUAAAGAAGACGUACACCGACAGGGAUCUUGUGCGAAAGAUCCUACGGAGCUUGAAAUCCGAAUGGCGAUCCAAGGCCGAUGCCAUCUAUGAAUCAAUCGGCACAUCAAAUGUCACCAUCGAUGGCCUAAGAGGGACGGUCCAAAGUGAAGAAAUCCGGAAGUCAGGGGGAACCAGCGAUGGGUGGGUUAUACCAUCGCUGGGAGGGAAGCUUCUUGCUUUCAAAACUCCUCUUCCCAUCGAUGGGAACUUCCUCCCAUCGAUGGGUUAUUGACUCUAUUAAAAAAAAAUGGUUAACAGAUUU